GUCGUGGCAGCGGACAGACAGAAUAUUUUGUCCGUAUUGCAGCCGGCGUUGUUCGUCAGGUCUUGCUAAGCAUCCACUGUAGCGUCAUCCCGUGGCAACAGCGAAGCAGGGUCUCCAGCCUGGCAAAUACCCCUCCACCUCCAAAACAUUCAGCGGAGGCUCAACAAAAUCUUUGAUCUCACUCACACCAACAACAACUGCAACUCAACUACCACGACUGCGACUUGAACAUCCACACACACUGCAAUCAUGUCUUCUUCCCUCGACCAGCUCAAGGCCUCUGGCACCACCGUCGUCUGCGACUCUGGUGACUUUGCUACCAUUGGCAAGUACAAGCCACAGGAUGCCACCACCAACCCAUCGUUGAUCCUCGCCGCCUCGAAGAAGCCAGAGUACGCGAAGCUCAUCGACGAGGCUGUUCAAUACGGAAAGAAGCACGGCAAGAACAUCGACGAGCAGGUUGAUGCCACACUAGACAACCUCCUUGUGCAAUUCGGCAAGGAGAUUCUGAAGAUUGUGCCGGGCAAGGUGUCGACUGAGGUUGAUGCGAGAUUCUCGUUCGACAAGCAAGCUUCCAUUGACAAGGCUCUACACAUCAUUGAGCUCUACAAGGAGGAGGGAAUUGACAAGUCUCGCGUGCUGAUCAAGCUUGCAUCGACAUGGGAGGGUAUCCAGGCCGCCCACGAGCUCCAGAGCAAGCACGGUAUCAACUGCAACCUCACCCUCAUGUUCUCGCUCGUGCAAGCCAUUGCUGCUGCUGAGGCUGGUGCUUUCCUCAUCUCUCCAUUCGUCGGCCGUAUCCUCGACUGGUACAAGGCCAACACCAAGCAAGAGUACAACGCGCAAAACGACCCAGGUGUCAAGUCGGUGCAGCAAAUCUUCAACUACUACAAGAAGUUCGGCUACAAGACCAUUGUCAUGGGUGCAUCCUUCCGCAACAUUGGCGAGGUCACCGAGCUGGCUGGUUGUGACUACCUGACCAUCGCUCCAAACCUCCUCGAGCAGCUCUACAACAGCACUGAUGCUGUGCCAAAGAAGCUCGCCUCGGAAGAUGCAGGCAAGCUCGACAUCGAGAAGAAGAGCUACCUCAAUGACGAGCCAGCAUUCCGCUUCGACUUCAACGAGGACACCAUGGCCGUGCACAAGCUGUCUGAGGGCAUUAGCAAGUUUGCAGCUGACGCAGUCACGCUCAAGGAUAUCCUCAAGGAGAAGAUCAACUCUGCAUAGAUUGGGACGGGCUGGAUUGUGAAAAGCAGAUGAGGAACUGAGGGCCACAUGCAUUAACGAGAUUGAAUGCCUUUUUGUAGCGAAUGAAUGAAAAUACCCAAAUGCACCAGA